AUUUUUGAUAUGAGUGUACUUGGCAGUAAAGAAACAAAACCCAUCCAAGAGAAAAUCGUGGAAAGUAUUAAUAAAUGCCCAGAAGAAAUGAGAAAUGAACUAUAUGGGAAUAUUAUAUUUUCUGGCGGGAACACAUUGUUCAAAGGAUACGUGGAAAGACUUAAAAAAGAACUUCAGUUACUCGCACCUGAAGGAACUAACGUGAAUAUAAUUGCACAAGAAAAUAGAGCAUUUGGAGCAUUUUGGGGUAGUGUCGUUUAUGCUAAUCAAUCGACAACAACAUUUGUGUCAAAACAAGAAUAUGAAGAAAAGGGAAUUUUAGUAUUCAACUUUUGA